GAGUGGCCGAGUACUACCGUGACCAACCGUACUACUAGGUACUAGUAUCCCACAAGCAGCCAAUCACCCCUGCAUGCAUAGCUGCCAGUUUAUUUCUAUCCUUGGUUGAUUUGUUAUCGCGGGUGUGAACUCAAUCAGACGUUUACUCCAGCUUCUCACUCAAUCGUGAUCAUGCAGCACGGACGCGAAACAUUGUGACAAACCGCGGCACAGUAGCUGACCACCCAGUCUCCAUAACCUCGAGGAGUGACUCGGAGGGACUGGAGCGUCUACAAAACUGUUAACUGGGUCAGACUCAAGUGCUAGUUGGACUGACGGUUAUAUUUAAGAUGUCACGAUGCGAUCAUCUCGUCAAAAUACUCGGAAGUGGAGCUACGGCGCGCAAAUAUAUCCAGGGGCUCUGCUGUCAUGUACUGUUUCAAACAACGCAUUAUGCGGGAAUAUAUCCUAUAGGGUCCAUUCCUCCCAGAACGGAGCAUGGCAAGAAUCCGUCCUGUGUAUUUCAGGCGUCUUUCGCCGGUUCUUCCACUGCCCCGCUCAUUAUCUUUGCGAUGAGUAUUGGUCUAAUUUACGGAGCCAUGAUGGUCGGUGGCCUGCUUGCCUUCGGCUUGUCAGGUUGCGUUAACAUGCAAUUCAUCGUGUAUUUCCGGGUCUAUUUUCGCGAGAGUUGGCGUACUAAGUCAUUGGUUAUUGUGAUAUGGCUACUUGACCUGUCUCAUUCUGCACUCGUUGCAGUCGCCCUUUGGGAUUCCAUCAUUGCGACCUAUGGUGAUCUUAGUAAAAUUGACACAAUCCCCUGGUGUAUUGGUCCUACGAUCGAGCUUACUGCUUUGAUUACUUUCCUCGUUCAAAGCUUCUUUGCGUACCGAAUCUAUAAACUGCAAAAUAAGAAGCUCAGCGUAGCGAUUCCGAUUGUUGCGCUCUCUUUUGCUCGUUUAAUCAUGGCUAGCGUCACAAAUAGCGAGAUGCUCAAAUUGAAAUCAUAUACAACAUUCUUUCAACGAUUUUCUUGGGUCUUCACUUUUGGCCUUUUGCUUUCAGUAAUCGUGGAUAUCAUGAUCACAACUUUCCUGUGCUACUUCCUUCGCAAAAAUCGACCAAUGUUUACAGAUACUAUGCGUAUAAUCGACACCCUGACAUUCUGGACAAUUCAGAAUGGCUCGAUGACCAGUGCUGCGGCCAUUGCAACAUUGCUUUGCUGGAAGAUCAUGCCUUCAAACCGCAUAUUCUUAGGUAUUCACUUUGUUGUAGCAAAAUUAUAUGCAAAUUCACUUUUAGCAACCCUCAAUGCUAGAAAGCAAAUAUGGAAUGGAAAGCAAUACACCCCUACAAACAAUCAACCUAUGCCAAUCGUCUUUAUGGAGCAUGGACCUGAUUCUUCGAUCACGCAGCAGGGAUCGCUGCGAGUGAACACUCCCCAGCCGAAAGCAGUACAUCAGCGGGGGAAAUUGAUACAAGUAAAUGUUGAACAGAUUGUGGAGUCCAAGGGCGAUGGUUGUAUGGAGAUGGAUAUGACAGACUGUGACAUGAAAGAUAGCCCAGUCUGAUGUUCUGUAGUUCUACCAUCAGUACUGAUGACACCCUCAUGAUCAUUCACGACAUGUAUUUGAUAAUUAACUAUGCUAUCUUACCUUACUUAACAUGCGUACCCAUCUAUUCUCAUUUACUAUAUGCAGCCCCUGAGUUGCAUCAGUAGCGUAGUAGUCAGCCAAUUAAAAUCGUUUAUCGUUUACCA